AUUUACCUACUUUUGGUGUGCAGGCAAGCCCUGCAGUUAAGAGACAGUACUUUCCUCCUUCCCUUUCCCAUUCUUCAAGUCCUCUCUUAACUCAUUCUCUCAAAAUCAAUCCCUUCAAACUACAAAUCGCCUCUCUCCGUCGCGGAUUCAACUUCCACCGACACGGACGAUGGAGGAUUCCGGCACCAAUGCGAUGAUCCAGUUGAGAAAUUCCGUCGAGAAAUCAGGCUUCUCCACACAAAAUUGCUCCGAUGCGACAAUGAUGAGAUUUUUGAUUGCGAGAUCGAUGGACGUUUCGAAAGCUUCGAAGAUGUUCGUACAAUGGCGGAAAUGGAGAGACGCGAUGGUUCCGAAGGGAUUCAUAGCUGAAUCGGAGGUUGAAGAUGAGCUGAAAGCUAAGAAGAUUUUCUUACAGGGAUUGUCUAUUAGCCAACUCCCUGUUAUGAUUGUGUUGGCCAAUCGUCAUUUUCAUGCCAAGGAUCAACUCCAGUUUAAGAAGUUUCUAGUUCAUCUAUUGGACAAGGUCAUUGCAAGUGGUUGCAAAGGAAAAGAAAUUGGGAAUGAAAAGUGGAUUGCCAUUGUUGAUCUUCGGCAAAUCUCAUACAAGAAUAUUGAUCCACGUGGACUCAUCACAGGGUUUCAAUUUUUACAGAACUACUAUCCAGAACGCUUGGGAAAGUGCUUCAUUUUAAACAUGCCAUGGUUUUUUGUUAGCGUUUGGAGAAUGGUUUCUCGCUUUGUUGACAGCGCAACGCUAAAAAAUAUUUCAAUUGUGAGCAAUGAAGAAGAAAGAAGAAUUAUGAUAGAGGAAGUUGGAGAAGAAGUAUUGCCAGAUGAGUAUGGUGGAAAGGCAAAGUUUAUUGCUCUUCAAGAUGUUCUUCUUCCUCACUUGCAUGAUUGAAUAUGUUAUAUAAUUUAGCUCCCUAACUAUUCAAAUGGCCAUUUAUAAUAUGUUGAAUUAUUAAACCUCAGUGUGGUUAUGGUAAAUUAUUUAACAUGGGAUUAUAUGUAUUAAAAAAAAAAAAAGGAGAUUUUUAGUAUCAAAUUCCCAUAAUAUCAUUUUAGUGAGCUUAAUUAUGUCAA